AUGCGAGGAAAUCACCUCUCCGGAAAUCUACCCAUUCAUCUCUGUUAUUUGAACCGUAUUCAAUUGUUGGAUCUUUCAAGGAAUAAUUUGUCAAGAGGAAUUCCAUCAUGCUUAAAGAAUUUGACUGCAAUGUCUGAACAGAGCAUCAACUCAAGUGACACUAUGUCUCGUAUAUAUUGGUAUAAUAACACUUACUAUGAAAUUUAUGGUUCCUCAUUGGAAGGUUAUACGCUUGACAUAACAUGGAUGUGGAAAGGUGUGGAACAGGGGUUCAAGAAUCCAGAGUUAAAGCUCAAGAGCAUUGAUCUUUCCAGUAACCAUUUAACCGGUGAAAUACCAAAGGAGGUCGGAUAUUUGCUUGGGUUAGUUUCUUUGAAUCUAUCAAGAAACAAUUUGAGUGGAGAAAUUCCUUCUCGGAUUGGGAAUUUAAGGUCACUAGAAUCACUUGACUUGUCAAGAAAUCACAUCUCUGGGAGAAUUCCUUCUUCUCUUUCUGAAAUUGAUUAUUUGCAAAAAUUAGACUUGUCACACAACUCUCUUUCUGGAAGAAUCCCAUCAGGAAGACAUUUUGAAACCUUUGAAGCUUCUAGUUUUGAAGGAAACAUUGAUCUUUGUGGUGAACAACUUAACAAAACUUGUCCUGGGGAUGAAGAUCAGACAACAGCAGAGCAUCAAGAACCACCAGUCAAAGGUGAUGAUUCAGUUUUCUAUGAGGGAUUAUACAUGAGCUUGGGGAUUGGAUACUUCACUGGAUUUUGGGGCUUAUUAGGGCCAUUACUACUGUGGCGUCCUUGGAGAAUUGCUUACAUCAAGUUUCUGAACAGAUUAACAGACUAUGUAUAUGUAUGUUUAUUGUGA